GGCACUCACCUAAAGUAGGGUUUGUAUUUCCCUGCCCUCACCGGCCUUACAUACUCUCUCUUCUCUUCUCUCCUCUGUUCUGUGCAGAAGAGGGAGAAUCUACACCAAACAUCCUUUCUAUUUCUUCAAAAUCAAUCUUUUUAUUCUCUUUAACAACAUAUAAUUACUAUUUUUUUCUUUUCUUUAAUAGAUAUUCUAUAUAGGAGUCAAUCUUGAUUCAGCAGGUAUUAUUGUAGCUGAAUCUUAGUUUGGUUGGACGGUGGAGAUUUUAUCUGGGAGUGAAAGAUCGAGGUAUGCAGCAAGGUGAUCCGGCGGUGUUGAGCUUGAGACCUGGUGGUGGUCGAGGGAGCAGACUCUUCAAUCCUCGCUUAGAGUCCUCCUCUUCUUCUUCUCUUUCUUCGUCUUCUAUCGCUUUUGGUGAUCUCCCUCUCUUGCGUCCUCACGGUGGUGCUCCGCCUCCAAAGACCGGAGACUCACGAUUUGAGAUUCGUGACCGUGUGCGGUACACGAGAGACCAGCUGCUGCAACUCAGAGAGGCUGUUGUGAUCUCUGAUGAGAUCUUAAAAAUCAAACGAGAAAUUGAAGAUGAGCUUUUUGGUGAAGAUCAAAGCUGGAGUCAUGGAGAAAUCAAUAUGCCAAAUCAGUCUCUAAGUCGUUAUUCAGAGCCAGACAAUCGUGACUGGCGUGGUCGUUCUGCACAAUUUUCUACUUCUGGAGAGGAGAGGUCCUGGGAUUCUCUUCGAGAAAACAGGGACUUGGGUGGGCGAUAUGACUCCAGACAGCCAGAUGCAAAUCAAUUUAAUCGUCAGGACCAACUCAAUUCUCAAUUUGCAAUAGCACAAAUCUCGUCUAAUCAAUUGGGAGGUCCUGCUCCAGCUUUAGUCAAGGCUGAGGUUCCAUGGUCGGCUAGAAGGGGGAAUCUUUCUGAGAAGGAACGAGUCUUGAAGACUGUUAAAGGUAUAUUGAACAAGCUUACCCCUGAGAAAUUUGAUCUUCUCAAGGGUCAACUCAUUGACUCUGGCAUUACAUCGGCCGAUAUCUUAGAGGGUGUGAUACAGCUUCUGUUUGAGAAGGCUGUUCUGGAGCCCACAUUUUGUCCCAUGUAUGCUCAGCUGUGCUCUGAUCUAAAUGAAAAGCUUCCCCCAUUCCCAUCAGAUGAACCAGGUGGGAAAGAAAUCACAUUCAAGCGAGUUCUCCUGAAUAACUGCCAGGAGGCAUUUGAAGGUGCUGGUAAGCUAAGGGAGGAAGUUUGGCAGAUGAUGGCUCCAGAGCAAGAGCUUGAACGCAGGGAUAAAGAAAGAUUGGUCAAGCUUCGUACACUUGGAAACAUCCGUUUGAUCGGAGAGCUCCUGAAGCAAAAGAUGGUUACUGAGAAGAUAGUUCAUCACAUUGUUAAGGAGCUUCUGGGACCAGACACCAAAAUUUGUCCUGCCGAAGAAAAUGUUGAGGCCAUAUGUCAGUUUUUUAACACUAUUGGGAAGCAACUUGAUGAGAAUACGAAGUCGCAACGUAUAAAUGAUAUAUACUUCCUUCGUUUGAAGGACUUGUCAUCAAACCCUCGUCUGGCUCCUCGACUAAGGUUCAUGAUUCGUGAUGUUCUUGAACUGCGGGCAAAUAACUGGAUUCCUAGACGUGAAGAGGUCAAAGCUAAAACCAUCACUGAGAUACAUUCCGAGGCUGAGAAGAAUUUGGGAUUGCGUCCGGGUGCUACCUCAAGUAUUAGAAAUAAUCGCGGUGUUAUUUCUGCAACUCCUGGGACUGCUGGCCCAGGCUUUCCCAUUAACCGACCUGGCACAGGAGGUAUGAUGCCUGGCAUGCCAGGAACUAGGAGGAUGCCUGGCAUGCCUGGAAUUGAUAAUGAUAAUUGGGAGGUACCCAAGACACGCUCAAUGCCGAGGGGUGAUGGAUCAACUAUGCAGCCCACAGGACGUGUCCCAUCACCACUGUACGAUAAGUCAACAUCUCUCAACACAAGGCUGUUACCUCAGGGUAGUGGUGGCUUUAUAGGUGGAAAGAGCAGUGCCCUCUUGCAAGGAAGUACUGGUCCUCCUCCUCGCCCUUACGGUGUUGGUUUGGGUAAUGAGCUUCCUGCUCAAGUCCCUGUACCUAGUAAAACUUCAUCUGCUUCCUAUGUGCCUCCCACUGUUGAGAGACCAGUUGCAAGCUUAAAUCCGGAGGAACUUAGGAGGAAAACGGUAUCACUUUUGAAGGAAUAUUUCAAUGCACGGCUUCUGCAUGAAGCUUUGCAGUGUGUGGAGGAACUGAAGUCUCCAACCUACCAUCCUGAAGUUGUCAAGGAGGCCAUCUCCCUUGCCUUGGAGGAAAACCCACCUUGUGUAGAAUUAGUCGCCAACCUUUUGGAAUAUUUGUUGGCCAAGAAGGUUCUCACAGCUAGAGACAUAGGUACUGGGUGUUUGCUCUAUGGUUCUUUGUUGGAUGAUAUUGGCAUUGAUCUGCCAAAAGCACCUAAUAAUUUCGGUGAAGUUGUUGGGAAACUAGUUUUGGCUGGGGGAUUGGACUUUAAAGUGGUGACUGAGGUUCUUAAGAAGAUGGAAGAUGAUAGAUAUCAGAAAGCUGUAUUUGAUGCAGCAAUGAGGACCGUUAGUUAUAGUCCAAGUGCGCAAGUUUUAUUAGAUUCACAGGCAUCUGAUGUUGAGAAUUGCAUGAGCUUGUUUUAGCAAGCUUGGCAUUCUAUUGCGUGAGUACUUGAGCAUCUGUAUCCACUUGAACUUUUGUGCUAUCUUUCACAUCAUAACGCCUUGUCCAGAACCUUUUUGAGGCGAGCAACUUGUACUUUGUGAUAAGGUGGAGCUGCCAAGAACAGGUCCUUGUUUUUUUUUUUUAGUAAUAUUUUUCCUCAAGGUCAUAGUUGUGUGUUAUUGAGCAAAGAAAUCAAAACCAUAAUGCCAUGGAUUUUGUCCUCGAGCCUGGCUAAUUAUGUGCCUAAUUGCUUGGAAGAAUGGCCCUUUUAAGGGAUCCAGUUGUUUUGUAUUAAUUAGUUUUGAUGAUCUUCAUUUUCUCGACUCUGGCAAUUGUGUUUAUUGUUUAAACUUCCCAGCUCAUAAAUCCUAAUUUUUUCAAUAUUUACAUUAGUAAAAAAGAGUAUGGCGUUUGUAUA